AUGGCGAGGGGGAGGAGGCCGCUGCAUCCCAGACCCCAGGGUGUGGACGUGUGCUGGCUGACUCCCGAGCAGACGGCGGGGAAGCAGAAGCCCUACAUGUACACGCAAGGCCAGGCCGUGCUCAACAGGUCCUUCUUCCCCUGCUUCGACACCCCCUCCGUCAAAUGCACGUAUUCGGCCACGGUGCAGGUCCCCGAGGGCUUCACGGCUGUGAUGAGUGCCACGAGCUGGGAGAAGCAGAAGGAUAACACCUUCGAGUUCAAGAUGUCCCAGCCGAUCCCAUCGUACCUGAUUGCUCUGGCCGUCGGGGACAUUGUGUCUGCUGACGUCGGCCCAAGGAGCCGUGUCUGGGCAGAGCCCUGCAUGAUCGAGGCUGCAAAGAGGGAGUACGAUGGGGUGAUUGAGGAGUUCCUGGAGGCUGGAGAGAAGCUCUUUGGACCUUAUGUUUGGGGCAGGUACGACAUCCUGUUCAUGCCGCCCUCCUUCCCCUUCGGCGGGAUGGAGAAUCCCUGCCUCACCUUCGUGACACCCUGUCUGCUGGCCGGGGACCGCUCCCUGGCGGACGUCAUCAUCCACGAGAUCUCCCACAGCUGGUUUGGCAACCUGGUCACCAACGCCACGUGGGGCGAGUUUUGGCUGAACGAGGGCUUCACCAUGUACGCCCAGAGGCGCAUUACCACCGAGGUCUACGGUCUGGCGUACACCUGCCUGGAGGCUGCCACGGGAAGGGCCCUCCUGCGCCAGCACAUGGACAACACCGGGGAGGACCAUCCGCUCAACAAGCUGCGGGUGGUUAUCGAGCCAGGUGUCAAUCCAGACGACACGUACAAUGAGACGCCCUACGAGAAGGGGUACUGCUUCGUGAGCUACUUGGCCCAUCUCGUGGGGGACCAGAGCAAGUUCGAUGCCUUCCUCCAGGCCUACGUGAACCAGUUCAAGUUCCAGAGCAUCACAGCGGAUGAUGCCCUCGGUUUCUUCCUGGAGUACUUCCCAGAGCUGAAGGAGAAAGGCGUGGACUCCAUCCCAGGCUUUGAGUUCGACCGCUGGCUGAACACGCCGGGCUGGCCCCCCUACCUGCCCGACCUCUCGCCAGGGGAGCAGCUGAUGAAGCCGGCAGACAAGCUGGCAGAGCUCUGGGCAGCCCAUGGCUUGAACAUGGAGGCGAUCGAAGCCGUGGACAUCACAGCCUGGAGGACGUACCAGCUGGUCUACUUCCUGGACCAGGUCCUGCAGAAGUCCCCCCUGCCAGAAGGCAACGUGGAGAGGCUGAGCGAGAUGUACCCCAAGAUCUCCAAGUCCCAGAAUGCUGAGCUGCGACUCCGCUGGUGCCAGAUUGUCCUCAAGAACAACCUGGAGGCCGAGUACAGCAAGGUCAAGGACUUCCUCCACAGCCAGGGGAAGCAGAAGUACACCCUGCCCCUCUACCGCGCCAUGUGGGGCGGGUCGGAGUCAGCCCGGGCCCUGGCCAUGGAGACCUUCUCAGCUACGGCCCCCCAGCUCCACGUCAACGUCCAGAACUACGUCAAGAAGAUCCUGGGCUUGAAGGUGGCGGAGGACUAAUGAGUGCAGCCCGGGCUCCGCUC